AUGGAAGUUUUUAGUCACUUCUCUGAGGUCUCAGGCCUUCAGGCUAACAUGGAGAAGAGUUCUAUCUAUUUGGCAGGGGUAACUCAGGAGGUGAAGGAUCAAAUUGUAGACGAGAUGCACUUCACUGUGGGUGAGCUUCCGUUCAAAUACCUCGGGGUGCCACUCUCAUCAAAGAAGUUAAAUAUCCAACAAUGUAUGCCUUUAGUUGAGAAGAUGGUGGCAAGAAUUAAAUGCUGGACCACAAAAUUUCUCUCUUAUAGUGGUCGACUACAACUCAUAAAGAGUGUCCUCUUCGAGAUGCAAACAUACUGGGCACAGGUAUUCUUGUUACCAAAGAAAAUCACUAAGCUGAUUACUAGUGUGUGUAGGAAUUUUUUAUGGACUGGGACUGCUGAUACAUCUAGGAGAGCUCUGGUAGCAUGGGAGAGACUAUGUUUACCGGAGUCAGCUGGAGGGCUCAAUAUCAUAGAUGUGUAUCAAUGGAAUAGAGCUGCUAUCUGCAAAUUACUCUGGGCUUUGGCUGCUAAAAAAGAUACACUGUGGAUCCAAUGGAUUCAUAGUUUUUACAUCAAGAAGAGAAACCUGGAUGAGAUGCUAACCCCACCACAAGCUAGUUGGCUUGUGAGGAAAAUAUUUGAUGCAAGGGAAUGGUUGAAUACGACUAAUACCUUCGCUACACUACAAAGCCACUGCCACAAAGGUAAAUUUAGUAUCAAAAGAGCAUAUCAAUCGUUCCUACCUCAAUGGCCAAAUGUGACCUGGAAAGGAAUUACAAUGGGAGCAAGCACUGUGCCAAGACACAAAUUUAUCACUUGGCUUGCUAUUCAACGUCGACUGGCCACUGUCGACAUGCUGGAGAAAUGGGGCAUUAAAGUGAAAAAAAAAUGUGUACUGUGUACCUCAGGCAGAGAUGAGACUCUUGAUCAUCUGCUAUUUGACUGUGCGUAUUCAAGCCGUAUUUGGAACUCCUUAUUGAGGUGGAUGGGUAUAAACAGACAGCUUACAAAGUGGGAAGAUGAAGUCAACUGGCUGGCACAACAGAUGAAACACAACCGAGCUAGAGCAGAGAUAUUGAAGUUUUUGUUUGCUGCAACUAUAUACAAUGUCUGGAUCGAGAGAAAUUGCAGAAGGUUCCAAGGGGUAUCACACGAAAGCUCAUAA